CCAUUUCAGUCAACUUCACCCAAUAGAUGUCUUUCUGGGGGCUAACCGCUUAACUCACCUCAUUUUAGGGGCACGAAGCCUCCAUUGCACUGAACGCGUUCCUCGGGCCCCGAUUCACCUGUUUCGUUGCACCGUCUUGUCAGCAGUCCUACAUUCUGAUAUUUCCCCCAUCUGCGUUCCCCGUCCCCUUCGGGUGAUCUCAUCUUGCAGCUUCUCAUGGAAGAGAGCCAGACCGAUGGCCAGGGGGCCAGUGGCCCUGACGAAGCACCCGAGCCUUCUUUUCCCACCCGCAGAGCUUGCGAUGCAUGUCGUUCCCGCAAGGUCCGCUGUAAUCGAGAAUCUCCUUGCUCUCACUGCCUGCAAGCGAAGAUUGAGUGCACCCACGCAGACAGCAGGCCCAGGGAGAAGCGCACCCGUGUGCUCAUCACUCCACAAUAUGAGAGGAAGAUUGACCUCAUCGACCGCCGGCUCGAGGGCGUCAUCCGUCUGCUAGAAGAUCUGAAAACCAACUUACCCGCCUCUAAUACGCAACCACAACCUCCCACGCAAAACUUCAAUGACAGCUCCCACGCCGGCGUCAAAGCCAACCCUACCGCUACCAUAUCAACCUCGACAUGUCCAUGUCCAACCCCACCUAACCAUGCCCUCCCCCAUAUCCCCGGGGGUUCCGUCAUCGAAGGGGACUCGUCUCUCACUGCCCACUCGGUCUUCGCCAACGAGUUCCUCCAAAAGGUGGUCAACACCGAGUCGUUGCAGGACGCCAGUCUGGAGAUGCGCGAAACCCUCGACUCCCUACAUCACAUCGUCAACGCCCUGAAACAGCCGACAGCCUCGAGCGAAAUGACGUAUCCGAAUGCAAGACGCUUGCCCCGUCCUUCCUCCAAGCACGGCUCCGAAAUGCCUCCCAUCACAAAAGCCGUCGCAAUGAUACGCCUUGCCAAGUCUCACAGCUUAGUGUCGACCACUUGGAUGUUCGAGUUGAUCCCCAUGCAGCACUUCUCCGAGGUCUGCCUGGGCGUCUACUUCGCCGACGAUUACAGCGAGGCCGACUUCAUCUCGGCUAACGCGGGUCUCCAUUGCAUGUUCCAGGACUACGCCAACAUGCAUGCCGCGGGGUCCGAGAAGGAGGAAUACCUUCGCUUCGCCCGAAUGUGCCGCGAGAACCUCGAAACCGCCCUGGCCAACUUGCCGCUCCAUCUCCCGACGACCUCGGACUCCAUUAUCGCUCUUCUUUUCGGGACAUUCUACACCAUCGAAAUAUCAAAACCGUCCCUUGCGUGGGCCUUAAUCUCCAAAUCAUCGGAGCUCUGCCAAACUCUUGGCUAUCAUCGAGCGAGCUCUUUCAAGAACGACACACCUGUGGAAAGGAAGCUCAAACUGAUGCUCUUCUGGUCCACAUACUUUCUCGAAAAGAGCCUGUCUCUCCGCCUCGGACGUGCGUCGACUAUACAAGACUGGGACGUGACCACCCCGCUACCAACGCCGACCAGUCCCGACGACAGUCCCUUCAUGGCGUAUUGCAGCCUCUGGGUCAAGGCUGCCGGGUGCCAGGGCGAUAUAUAUCAGCAGCUCUACAGCCCUGAUUCUCUCACCCAGCCCGACCACGUCCGGGAAGCCCGAGUGAGGAGACUGGUCUCUCAACUGGAAGACAUCUCUGCCAAAGUGUCUACCAUGUCUGCCGAAUGGGUCAAGAAGGCGAAGCAAAUUGUAGGAGACACCAUGGUGGAGUUCUUCCUCGUUUCCGACGACGUCCUCUAUCUGUCGCUUCUCACCCUCGUAUAUCGAGCGGCCCCUCGCCCAGCUUCAUCGCCCACCACCUUCAGCGACGAGUGCAUCAAAGCUGCGCGCGCGACGCUGGCUAGGCACCAGGACUGCAUGGAAGUCCUGGAGAAGUCCAAUUCGAUCUUCUUCCCGACUUAUGUCCACUGGACGCUACUCUUCUCCCCCUUUAUCCCGUUUAUCGUCAUCUUCUGCCAGGUCAUUGAGACGCUGGACCAGGCCGACCUGGCGCGCCUGCACCAAUUUGUCACGUCCAUACAGUCAGCACCGGCCCUCUCGGAGGCAGCAGCCAAGAUGCACCGCCUGUUCCAAGUUCUCUACAGCGUGGCCCUGCGCUACGUCGAGUUCCGCAUCGCGACACCGCCGGCGGGGCAGUUGCAGGCGAGCGCCGAGAUGGAAGGGUACCUGGCUGCUUUGGGCUUUCCUUCGACUGGCCUCGGCGACGCGCAGCAGCAUCAACAGCAGCAGAACCCACACGAGGAACAGUCACAACAAACACCCGACUUUGGCAAUAGCCCGUUCGGCCAGGGAGUACCGGGAAAUGUGGGGGCGCUCGGUGAAGGCCAGCAGCGGGCCGUCAACCCCAUGAUGUGGAUGGGUAACGGAGCACAGCUGGAGGAUUGGUUUUACAGCAACCAGCAAAUGAUGGGACUGCUCCAGCAGUCAGACUUCACGUUUCCUCAUCAAAACUAGACGAGUGUUCCUCUGUCACGAGACUGGAAACGAGACCACAACUUGCAACACCGACUCUUGUGGGGGAAUAAGAGAGCGAACGGUCUGUGGGAAAUUGAAGUCCUCAAGUUUCCCCCUCGACUCUUUGCAGAUGGGUCCUUAAUUCUUAGAAAUGAAUGCUUUUGAGUGAAACGGGCUCGGUCUAAUCACUGGAACAGCGGACAGACAUACAUCCGACCUUCAG